ACCCGAAAGAAAAAAAAAAGGAAACCCAGCCAUGCCUUGAGGAAACCGGUAGAGAGCUUGAUUUUUCCCUUCUUUUCUUGUCCAAGAACCUGAUUUGGAAUCCAGAAAAUCUUCCCCCCUGCAGGAAGCUUCCGGAUCUGCCUUGCUUUGCUCCUUAUCGCCGGCUGCUCCUACUUUGUGGGGGCGAAUUUCUCUGAUUUUGGAUUGCGUGAUUCUUCCCUGCACUUGCCGCCGGCUUCUCUCCCAACUGCAGCUCGGUUUUGCUUGCUAAAUUCUGGAACCGAAACUGAGGACGGGGAAACCACGGGAAGUGACGAGUUAGAAGGCUAGCCAUUAUAAUUGAAUAUGAAAUUUUAGAGAUAAAUCAUGAUCUUGUAAGCUAGAGUGUAUUUGGAGAUUUAUGAUAUUAGAGCAAAUUAUAAAAUUUGAUCUUCAGAUUUUGAUGGUAUCAAAUUGUGAAUUUGAUAAGUUUCGAGCCUUGUGCAUUUGUGGGAUCCUCUCGCGAGUGCACGGCAUCUAUCGCACCUCGAAUUCGGGUUUUGGGGCGUGACAAUUCAGUACCACAGGGCCUGCACGAAUGAAAAGGUUACGAUUAUUGGGAGUCAACCAGUUGGAGCAUACAUGUAAAAGAGCGAGCAGCAGCGGCAAGCGGCAGCACUGGCGGCAACGCAGGCAGCACCAGUGGCAACGCAGCACCGACGGCAAGGCAAAAUCAGUGCAACGAUGGAGUUCUAGAGAUGGAGAUUCUGCCAUCGCCGGAGAAGACGAACAACUAAUUCUAAAAUUCUUAAUUAUCAUCCAUAAUCUCAGAAGAAUUUAGUUUCUAAAAUCGUUCAAGAUCGCACGAUCUCAUGAUCUCGCGAUUUUGUGCGCGAUCUUCUAUCGAUUCUUCAAGACCCACGAUUUUUGUCCGAUUCAGAUCGUUGAAGCCCUUUAACAUCGUAAAAUCGUGCGAUCUUAGGAUUUAGAUCGCGAUUUUAACAACCAUGGGGUUACUGUUUACACACCGAGAGUCGACAAUUAACGGGGAUUUAAAUGAUUAGUUUGUGAUAUAAGUACGAAUUUGGAGAUAUUUGAUAAUGUGGAGAUUGAUAGAAAUAACACCGUGAUUAAGGGUGAUCCUAAUGAUGAUUUCAGUUUGAAUUUAUGGUGAUACGAUAAAUAAUUGUGGAUAUUUUGAUUAGGUUUUCGAUCGUUUUGUCAGUUAGCAUUGAGAUUGAAUCUUCAGUUUAUGCAAGUAAGGUAAGUAAAUUUAUGGUAAUAUGCUCGUACUGUUUUUAAAAGCAUGUUUUGACUUGUUUUUGAAGUGGUGGCGGGAUUAAACCCGUUUUAUGCAAAAAUGAGCAUGAUUGAUUUGAAAUAAGAUUUUUAUGCUUUUCAUUAAAUUGAGCAUGCCUACUUGAAACUUAAUUGAUUGUCCUGAUGAUUUGAAAGUGAUUAGUGAAUUAUGAAUUUUCUGUUAACUUCUGCCUGUUUUGUCUCCGAUAUGGUCAUGUUAUCUUGUUGCCCGUUAGUGGGAGGUUUAUAAACACUAGCACAUGUCGACAUGUUACUCAUAGAACCGGUUCGUUUCUGUUAUUCUGCUAGUGGGAUUUUACACUAGUAAUUCCUGUUGCCUGCUAGUGGGAGGUUUAUAACACUAGCCGUGACCUAUAGAGGAGACGUCUAUUUUAUUCCCGUACUGUAUCCAUUUUUCGUGACUAUACUUGUUGGCAUGCUAUAAGUUUAAUAAGGGCACUCCAUAUUUUACUUACUGAGUUUAUUUCAUAGUUUUUCCUUGUCCACCAUUUCAGGAACCGAAACUGAGGACGGGGAAACCACGGGAAGUGACGAGUUAGAAGGUUAGCCAUUAUAAUUGGAUAUGAAAUUUUAGAGAUAAAUCAUGAU